AUUUUAUGAGCUAAUUGGCUGGUUUGAUCUCUAAUCAUGUCAUAUUUAAAUGACACCUUUGGUAAGAUGCAGAUGAUAACUGAUCUUUCACGUCUUCUUGUAACCAUUGGACUUUCUAAUGAGCACAGAAGAACAUGAGAUAGUCAUUGUUUAUGUCCAGUUCUUCUGCAUCCCCUUGAACUUUGCAUCAAGUGUUGAGGAGUAGGCAUUACCGUUCCAAAAUGUCAAGUGCAGCGAUCUCCAUGCCCCAUGCAGCGAUCCUUUCCUACCCUGCGGCAGGCCAAGUGAACCCAAUGCUGGACUUGGCCAAGCUGCUGCACUCCCAGGGCUUCCGCGUCACCUUCAUCAACACAGAGUUCGCCCACCACCGGCCGCUCGAGAAUGGAGGACGCCAUGCGCUGCUCGCCUCCGAGUCCUUCCGAUUCGAAGCCAUUCCGGUUGGCUACGCAUCAUCUGCCUCCGACUCCUUUGACGUCAAAGAGUCGGAGUCGUCGGUGAGAGAAACUGGCGCUGCCCCAGUCGGAGAGCUCCUGCAGAAACUCAGCAGUUCCAUGGAUGCGCCCCCUAUCACUUGCGUCAUAUCUAACUUCCUGAUGACCUUCGCGGUGGACGCGGAGAGGCUGGGCGUUCCUCAUCUGGUGUUCUGGACUACGAGUGCUUGCAGUCUCCUCGGUUCCCUUCAACUUCAGGAGCUCAUUCAGAGAGGAUACACACCACUUAAAGAUCACAACUGCAUCACGAAUGGAUACCUGGACACCACCAUAGAUUGGAUUCCUGGCAUGAGAGAGAUGCGUCUGAGGGACCUUUCCAGUUUCAUCAGAACAACAGAUCUUGAUGACCACUUCCUCAAGAAUGAGAUGGAAGGAGUUGACUUGGCAUUGAAAGCUUCUGGUUUGAUCCUCAACACAUUUGAUCACAUGGAAAGCCAGGUCCUUGAUGUUCUUAAAAGUUCCUUUCCUCGGAUAUACACAGUGGGGCCUGUUCUCGGGCUUCUGAACCAGAUCAAAGGAAAUCCUGAAAACUCACUGCGGUUAAGCCUUUGGGAAGAAGAUCAUGGAUGGAAGGAAUGGCUGAACACUCAAAAGGAUGCUUCAGUUAUCUAUGUCAGCUUUGGAAGCCUCGCAACCUUGACAAGCGAACAAUUAACAGAGUUUGCAUGGGGACUUGCUGACAGCAACCAUCCCUUCAUGUGGAUCAUUAGGCCCAAUCUUCUCAAAGGUAGUAGCGAUGCUGCAUUGCCUGAAGAAUUCAUUGAAGAAACUAAAGGGAGGAGCUUCUUUGCCGGUUGGUGCCAUCAAAGUGAAGUGCUUUCUCAUCCUUCAAUAGGUGGCUUUCUUACGCACGGUGGCUGGAACUCGAUGUUGGAGAGUCUCUGUGGUGGAGUGCCAAUAAUUUGCUGGCCUGGAUUUGCUGACCAGUAUACGAAUUGCCGAUAUGCUUGUAAGGAAUGGCGAAUAGGAAUGGAAAUCGACCAACAAGUGAAGAGAGAACAUAUUAAGGACCUCGUUGUGGAAUUAAUGGAAGGGGAGAGAGGGCAGCAGAUAAGGAAGAAUGCUAUGAAGUGGAAGAAGUUGGCAGAGCAAGCCACCGCACUAGGGGGGUCUUCAUAUACUAACUUGGAGAGAUUAGUCAAGGACAUGAAUGAGACAAUGGAAAAGAACUCGAUUCAUGACAAUUGAAGACAUGAUCUGGAAGUGCAACAACCUCUGAACUGAACUGUGGACCAGCAACUUUUUUAUGUCUUAGAAGAAUAAUAUGCAUGACUUGCAAAUGAGCAAAUAUGCAUUUGGAAGCCUAUGUUGUAUGAGUACUUAUUCAAUGUGGAAUGUAGAAUGUGUCUAAAGACACAGCUGAAACUGAAUUGGAUCAGAAAACCAGCCUAAAAGCUUUGACAAAACAAGGAGGGUAGAGACCAAAAAAAAAACUAGUGCAAAAAUAAAAAGAAGGAUGUUGUUGUCUGUGUGUUAA